AACAAAAGGAUACUCUUACCUAUAUAUAUAGAGGACUCCACAAUGCCAGAGUACAACGUUCGCUAACUUAUAUUGUAGUCUUUUAAGGUGUUUUCUUGAAGUUUUUCCUUAAACAUGGCCAUGAGCUCAAGAUUUCUCUUGCAACAUCAAAAGAUGAGAUAUGAAUUCGGAGAGGAUUUGCAAUUGGUUGUAAAAGUUGAAGAACCGAAUCUUGAAAACCCGAGAGAGGAAGAUGAAGAGAAUUUACGAUUCAUUGAAGAAGUUAAUGAUGAGUCGAGUACGACGAAGAAGGAAUUUGUAUUACCACGCGGGUACCAUUUUCAUCCUACAGCAGUUGAAUUAUUGGAAGAGUAUUUGAUGAAGAAGAUCUCAAGACAGCUUCUUUGGGACACUAUUAAAGAAAUUGACUUCUAUCAAUAUGAUCCUGCACAGCUACCAAUAGGAGAAUUCGAGACUCUGAAGUAUGGAACAGAAGGCAAAGCAUACUUUUUCACACGCCAACAACAAAAAUACUUAGAGGGAUCAAGAUUAAUACGAAGCCCAAUUUCUAAUGGCUAUUGGAGAAGAUGUGGAAGGGAAAUUCCUAUUCAUAAUGACAGUGGAAUUUUAGGUUUCAAGACAAUAUUUGUAUGGCAAGAGCCAGGUAAUAGAGAAGAUAGCAAUUGGAAGAUGACUGAAUAUAGAAUAAAUCCCAGUUUCAUGGAAGAUCUUUCUCAGACCAAUUAUGAAAACUACGUGGUGUGCAAAGUUCGGGACACGAGUAGGUACAAGAAACAUUCAACAAUGGAAGAAGAUAUAUACUUUUUCGAAGAUGAAUUCAUAUUCAUCGAUGAAUGUUAUUGUGCACGGAAACAUUGAGAUGAAAAUCAUUAGCAGUCUGUUUAGAAAUUGAUUCUUAAAAACCAUUCCCUUCUCAAGAAUAGCAAUGCAAUAGAAGCUCUAUUUACCAUUUCAUAUUUUGCUCUAUUUAUUGUAUACAAAUUGGCUUUUGGAUCUUCAACGUGGCAUGAAUAACUGCAUAAUUUUACUUUAAAUUUGGUCAUGUAAAUUUUUUCACAAAGACGAUAUGAUUCCUCAUCAUAAGUAGUCUUAUAUAAGCAUGUACAGAGACAAACACAUGGUAAAACAAGUUCUCAGGUAAGCCGACCUCCACUAAUAAGACUAGAGUGAACAUAUCAAGCCACAACAAAUCCUAGUUGGGGAGUUCAUCUAGCCUCAGCCAAGGCGGUACAAACCAAUAGCAAGCUGAACCUUUACUACCAUAUAAUAAAUCAAGGCUAGCUAGUUAACCUCGUGCCCUCCAAGUCGUGCUGUGCUAUACACAAAAAAUCCAACCAUAGAAAUUCUUUCAUGUAAAUAAUGAAGCCAUUUAUUAUGGUUAAAACUGUUUGUCCCUGAGAGAUGAACUAAGAUCUCUAUAUAACUAAUAUCAUUCUCAAUAUACAUCAAUUUGCUUUAUUAUUCACUACCCCCCAGCAAAUGAAAAAUUUGGUCAUAGUAAUUUCUUGAACUAGUUGAAAGCAAGGAGAUAAGAACAAGAAGGCUUAAAUUAUUUAGACUCGCCUCUUGUGAAGAGAUAUAUAACAAAAGCCUCCGUGCAAAAGUAAAAGCUCGAAAUGGAAACGGUAACAAAAUAAAAAA